UAAAACUCGAAACGGCUCUUCGCCGUCACUUUACCACGGUACGUACCCAACAAGGAGAAGGCUUGCCCUAGUAGAGAAAGGAUCAACGUAGAAGGGAGGCUCCUUUAGCUGCUUGAAACCCACCAGCAUGACACAAAUCGUGUUGGAUAUCGGUUCGCGCUGGUUCUCUAAGGGGGUUUCUGGACUCGGCAGACACUUCGGGGUUAGUUUAGCUCGUGUGUGCUAUGACCAGCCUGCGGAGAUCGAACAAGAUCUCCAUCAUCUAUCAUGUAUAUAUGCCAGCACCACUCACCACAGAUCGUCAUCUUCCAUGUUCUUGAUCAGGCCGGCUUCCUUUCUUACCUACAUUAUUAUAUUCGCUGUUGACGAUCCCGUGGAUCUGUUUUAUUCUUAAUACAUUCUUUCUUGAGCCUUAUCAUUCACUUUCAUCAUCGGCCCGGUGCUGUCCCUUUUCCACAUUCAUAAAUUCAAGAUGCCUUCCAUUUCAUCAUCCAUCUUUUCUCUUGUGUCCCUGUUCGCUGUUGCCCAGGCACACGGUGUCGUCUUGGCAGCACAGGGUAUUAAGGGCUCGCCUACAAGUGUCGGUUUCAAGGUUGAACCCGAGUUGGCGAGGAAUUGCACAUCUAUCAGCCCGUGCCAACAAGACACUACCAUCAUCCGAGAUGCCGAGAUCGCCGCAAACGUCGUGAACGAGUGUGGACGAACAGAAUUGUCGGGUAACAUCGACAUCGGAGAGAACACGGAGAACGCGUUGGCUGCUGGCGCCGUUACCCAAGUCAAGGCCGGUACGCAAGUUAAGGUCACUAUCCAUCAAGUCAACGCCGACGGCGCCGGCCCUUACGCUUGCGACCUUGUCGAAGCUGGAAACAAUGGUGUCAUCACCCAGAACCUAACGGUCGAGAACAAUGUUCCCGGUGUCAACGGUUUCUCUCAAGCCAAGACUCAGGAUUUCGACAUUCUCGUCAACAUGCCCGAGAAGUUCUCCUGCAGUGGAUCUUCCGCUGGUAAUGUCUGCACUAUCCGCUGCCGUAACAACGCUCUUGCCGGACCUUUCGGUGGAUGCUUCCCCGUCCAGCAAGUCGAUGUCGAGCCCAGCAAAAACACUGCUGCCAAGGUCUCCACUGGAAUCUCUCUUGAUAAGGUCUUCAAGCAGGUUUCCCAGGACCAGGCCGACCUUCCUGAUGCCAUCGCCGCCAUCCAGAAGGCUGGAACCGACGAGGCAGUGAAGAACGCAGCUGUUGUCAGUCAGCUUCUGAAGCAGACUGUCACUAGCUUGCCUGCUGCUACCCAGACUCUCGACAUUGUUACUGGAGUUGCCACCAGCGCUGCAGGUAACGGCAACGCUUUCGGUGGCUUCGGUAACCGACGAAGAACUGUCUUCCGUGCGUAAACGGAGGCAAUGACAUGUGUUCUCUAUGAGCUAGGAGAUGAUGAAAAAAAGGGCUGCGCCUGCUAGCAAUGUACUUAGGAGUUGGGAGAUAGCGCAUAAAGGAUUGAUAGGGCACUUUCGACU